AUGGCCGCUCAACUGUGGGCUAGUUACAAACAAUGGGCGGACGUCCAAGAGACGCUCUUCUUAGACUGGGCCGAUCCAUCUGGUCAAUACAAGCUCUCGCCCUUGCAGGACCUACCGGGUGCCGACUUUGCCACUGCCUUUGCCAUCUGCAUUGUCUACGUCGCCUUUGUCGUCAUCGGCACAAUCGUGAUGAAGGCGGGUGUCCCAGCCAUCAAGACUAGCCCUCUCCAGUUCGUUUACAACCCAUUGCAGGUCGUGCUGUGCUCCUACAUGUGCCUGGAAGCCGGUAUUCUCGCCUACCGCAACGGUUACUCGGCAAUGCCAUGCAAUGCGUUCAGCGCGGAGAAGCCUGUCAUGGGUAACGUACUGUACAUGUUCUAUCUAUCCAAGAUUCUAGAUUUCUGUGACACAAUCUUCAUCAUCCUUGGCAAGAAAUGGAAGCAGCUUUCGUUUCUACAUGUGUACCACCACCUCACCAUUUUUGCGAUCUACUUCAUGAACUUCCGCGUGGCCUACGAUGGCGACAUUUACGCCACAGUUAUUCUAAACGGCUUCAUUCACACUAUUAUGUACAUGUACUACUUUGUGAGCGCUCACACGCGUGACAUUUGGUGGAAAAAGUACCUGACCGCCAUGCAGCUGAUCCAGUUCGUCACAAUGAAUGUGCAGGGCUACCUCAUGGUGUCGCGUUCGUGCGACAAAUUCCCUCACAAAGUGCCAGUCAUUUACCUCGUCUACAUCCAGUCGCUCUUUUGGUUGUUCAUGAACUUUUUCAUCAAGUCGUACUGCGCAAAACCGCGCAAGUCGUCCAACAAGAAGAAGACGCAAUAG